GCAAAGAACUUACUUUGUGGAUAAAUCCGGGAAGCAUAUCUUGGCCACUGACCGUCGGUAUUCCUGGCUAGGGGAGGUCUAGCCCCUCUGGGGCGGGGCCGGAAGUGACGCAGGCCCUUAGCGGAGCCGGGAGUGUGUGGCUGCCGAAGGAUUGCGAGCUCCCGCGUGCGCCCAGUUCCCGGCCGGCCGGAGCCUUCGGCUUGCCUGACUCCGGAGGACACUGGCAGCAGUCCCCGGCCUACUUACCGCGCACAGCCAUGUCUGGUAACGGCGACGCGGCCGCAACGGCGGAAGAAAACAGCUCAAAGAUGAGAGUGAUUCGCGUGGGUACCCGCAAGAGCCAGGAUCUCCCUGACCCUGUGAGGGUCUGACCUUAGGGUGGUGGCCAGAGGACCGGACUAACCUGAAUUUCUACCCCCAGCUGGCCCGCAUACAGACGGACAGUGUGGUGGCAACGCUGAAAGCCUUAUACCCAGGCCUGCAGUUUGAAAUCAUUGCUAUGUCCACCACAGGAGACAAGAUUCUUGAUACCGCUCUCUCUAAGAUUGGAGAGAAGAGCCUGUUUACCAAGGAGCUGGAACUCGCGCUGGAGAGGAAUGAAGUGGACCUGGUUGUUCACUCCCUGAAGGACCUGCCCACGGUGCUUCCUCCUGGCUUCACCAUUGGAGCCAUCUGCAAGCGGGAGAGCCCCUAUGAUGCUGUGGUCUUUCACCCAAAAUUUGUUGGGAAGACCCUAGAAACCUUGCCAGAGAAGAGCGUGGUGGGAACUAGCUCCCUGCGGAGAGCGGCCCAGCUGCAGAGAAAGUUCCCACAUCUGGAGUUCAAGAGUAUUCGGGGAAACCUCAACACACGGCUUCGGAAGCUGGAUGAGCUGCAGGAGUUCAGUGCCAUCAUCCUGGCCGCAGCUGGCCUGCAGCGCAUGGGCUGGCAGAACCGGGUGGGGCAGAUCCUGCACCCUGAGGAGUGCAUGUAUGCUGUGGGUCAGGGGGCUCUGGGAGUGGAAGUUCGAGCCAAGGACCAGGACAUCUUGGAUCUGGUGGGUGUGUUGCAUGAUCCUGAGACUUUGCUUCGCUGCAUUGCUGAACGGGCCUUCCUGAGGCACCUGGAAGGAGGCUGCAGUGUGCCAGUGGCAGUGCAUACAGCUAUGAAGGAUGGGCAACUAUACCUGACUGGAGGAGUCUGGAGUCUGAAUGGCGCAGAUAGCAUGCAAGAGACCAUGCAGGCCACCAUCCACGUCCCUGCCCAGCAUGAAGAUGGCCCUGAGGAUGAUCCACAGCUGGUGGGCAUCACUGCCCGGAACAUUCCACGACGAGCCCAGCUGGCUGCUGAGAGCCUGGGCAUCAGCCUGGCCACCUUGUUGCUGAACAAAGGAGCCAAGAACAUCUUGGAUGUUGCACGGCAGCUCAAUGAUGCCCACUAACUGGUCUGUGGGGCACAGGUGCCUGGGUUGCUGGUGCCCCGUGCCUACAUCCCAGCUUCAGUCUCUGUUACCUUGGGGGUGAUUCCCAGGGAUGGAACUGCAGGGGCGGAGACUUAGAGACUUGUCUCAACUUGGGGCCUUGGUGAUGCCUUGUCUCCUCAGUAGGUGGAGGCUUAGUCUCUAGAGAAAAAACAUCUAACAAGCCACAGCCUUUGAAUGUAACCAGCUCUACUAAUAAACUAGAUUUGAAGGUGGCUUUGUUUUUGAUGGGGUUGCAGGAAAGAAAGAUAAGGACAAACGCAAGACCCUUUGCUCCUUACCUCAGAGGCUAAGACCCCUGGUCCAAAGUUCUCCUGGAAUACAUUGCCUUCUGUUUCUGUCUCAGUAGUUCUGACAGAAUAAAUUGUCUCCCAGGGAACACCAAGAAAGAACCAUAAUCUUAUAAUCUACGAUUUGCCGCUCCAGUUAACGGUAAAGCCUUUGUAUCAGAUAGCUCCCCUCCCCCACUACCUUUAGGAAUCUACAGUCAUCGAUCCUACAACCCGUCUGCAAAAUGAAGAGACACCUCACUGUUUAAAAAAGAAAAUCCUUUAAUAAACAAAAUUAGUCCAUCUGAAACUCCCCAAUACCUAAAGUACUGUCUUGGAUGGGUUAGCUGCAGAAUUCCAGUUCCGAGGCCAACGGCGACUCAGUCCAGAUGGGGAUUAACGGACUAGUGCUGGUAUCUAGG